AUGCUGUGGCUGUCCCCUCCAGUCUGUGGCUGUCCCCAAGCUCUCGCUCUCUUGCAGUUCGUGCUGAAGCACCAGGAGUUCGCUUCGCUCCGGGAGGUGAAGGGCUUUCCCAACGCCCUCAACCCGCACAAGGAGGAGUCGCGGGCGCUGGUCAGAGCCAUGAUUGACCAGGUCAUGGCGCUGCAUGGAGACCUGGAAUGGUUUCACAUCGGCUGUGAUGAGGUCUACUACCUCGGCGAAGGAGAGGAGUCAAAGCGGUGGCUGCAGCAACCAGACAACACUCCAGAGAAGCUGUGCUUAUCCCACAUAAAAGCAGUUGCAAGCUGCCUGGUCUCGUGUUACCCCACCGUGACGCCCAUCGUGUGGGAUGACAUGCUCAGAGGGAUGAGUGAGGAAACAUUGGCAGAGUCCGGGGUCCCAAAGCUUGUGCAGCCAAUGAUCUGGGACUAUGCCGCAGACCUCGAUGUGGAGGGCAAAGUGCAUCUCAUAGAGAAGUAUCGUAGAUGUGGCUUCUCCAAGGUGUGGUUUGCUAGCGCUUUUAAAGGAGCUACGGGAGUGAAUCAGUCUCUGACACUUAUUGGCCACCACUUAAAAAACCACCUGCGGUGGCUGGAAGUGGCAAGGAAUAGCCCUGCUGAUGUCCUUGAAGGUAUCGCGCUGACCGGCUGGCAAAGGUACGAUCAUUUCUCUGUUUUGUGUGAACUUCUCCCUGUGGCAAUUCCAUCACUGGCCGUAUGUCUGCAGGCACUAAAGAAUGGUGGUUAUUCUGAAAAGGUUAAAGAAAAUGUGGAAAAGCUCCUGGGAAUGUCCAACCUGGAAAUGGAAACUUUCAUGAGCACGAGUCUGGGGACCUUUCCUGGGAGCAACAUUCUUACACUUGUGACGCAAGUUAGUUUCUACCUCAAGUCAUCAGUGGAUGAACUUCUUGAAAGGAACAGAUAUGUCACAGGCUGGUUCAGCCCCUACCACAGGAAAAGGAAGAUUAUUCAUCCUAUAAUAAUGCAUCACUUUCAGCCAGAUGCAGUAAGUCUCCUCUCCAAGUGGAAUGCUGUGGUGCAAGACCUCCAAGCAGCCAUGGAGCAAGUUUUCCACAAGUGUACUGUAGAGGAGUGGAUGGAGGAGAACGUCCACCCCAGCCUACAGAAGCUGCAGCAAGUGGUGGAUGAUUUAGAUAAAGCAAUAAAAGCCCAGAAUUAGGGGCAUUUCAAUUAGCCUGGCUUACUCCAUGGG